UCCUCCAGGGCAACAGCAGAGGAACGCAGCGUUGUGAACCGACCCCACACAGGUCACCAACCAUGUCACAGAUGACCAACGGGAAGGCCAGUUGGAUGCACACAGCAAUCUCCACGUUGCUCUUGGUGGCCAUCUCCUCUGCGGGAGCACAGGACGAACCCAGAGGAACACUGACACCGAUCACACAGCCAAGAGAAACGACGCUCCCCAACACAGCAGGGAACCCAGCAAACCCUCAUGCCCUGAUGUUGGGCAGCCCAUGCACUGGGGAGAUUGAGAACUUCUGCAUGAACGGUGUCUGCAGUUACAACCUUGAGCUUAACACACCCAGCUGCAGAUGUCUGCCGAACUUCACAGGAGAGCGAUGCCAGCACAUCCUGUUGGACUCGCACAGCAAGGAGAGCCCAGAGAAACUCAUUGCCAUUGGAGUGGGGGUGGCCUUACUGCUCAUCUGCCUUGCUGGUGUCCUCAUCUGCUGUGCAAAGAAAAGGUGCAACAACAAGAAACAGCCAUACCAUAUUUGUCACUCGGAACUUGCUGCGUGAAUUCCACACCCAAGAAGAACAGAGCUUUGUUACAGAGGAAGCCACGUCUCAGUAUGAAUUCCUCUCAAUCACAAUUGUCACAAAACACAAGCAACUUUAACAACGAUUGCUUUGGUCACCCACCGAUCCACUACCCUGAAUUUGUAUCCACAUAAUUAUUCUUCAUCGCAGAUUUCAAUUAUUUGUUCUAUAACCAUACACUGAGAUGUGUGAUAUCUAGGUUGACUGAUCUGAAGAGGCUAGAUUAUGUUUAAAAAAUAUGGUAACAUUUAUUUUUCAAAUUACAGAACGUGCUUUAUUUCUUAUAUACUUUGUAAGAAGGUGAAGCUUAUUUUCCCCACAUUUGGACUCUUCAGCAGGAGAAAGCAAAGGCAGAGAGGGCUUGCAUGGACCCUGUAGAAGAAGCAUUCUCUGUGACUUCACCAACAGCAAAGCUAACAAGAAGAAAUUUUUGAAAAUAAUGAGCAAUUUACCUGCAAUUAUUUCACUUAUUGAAAUGAUUUAUGACAAAUUUGUUAAGUACAGUCUGUUUAUAAGAUUUAAUGAGAAUGGGGUUUCUGUAAGGUGUGCUUCUAGUUAGUCUUUAUAGGUCUUUCAGCACAAGCUACAGCUAUAAAAACAGUCUGAGGUGUUAAGUCAUACCAAGGUGUCAUAAACAGCCCAGAUGUGAGGAAAAGAAUAAACUGCCCUUUAAUGUUCAAAAUGCCAAACUUGAUUAGGUUUCACUGUUUAAGCAUGAAUCGGCAACUCUUAACAGGACAGAACAAAGUCCCUGCCUUGGUUAACUGCAGAUGCAGCUGAAUUGCAGGAGUGCAGAAUGUUUCUCAUGAACACCGUCAUUCUCCCAUCAGCACGUCAGCCUGUCACCCUCCUUUUCUACUACUAUUCCUCGUAGUACAGAUUCCUCUUUUUUCCCUUGUUCUCCAUUCGAACAAAAGUACAUCCCUUGUAAAUGAGAGCAACCACAAUGUGAGGGUAUUUAUUUGUAAGAAAGUAAUUUAUUAAUGUAUAUGUAGUAUGAAUUUGAUUUUCUAAUAAACACUCCCAUAUUAAAAAAAAAA